AUGAGUUGCAGCAAUCCGCAAUCUGAAGUAAAGGAUCCGGGCGCUGAUAUUCCAGAGCGUCGUACGAAACCAAAGAACAAUCAAUGUAUCAAGUGCAAGACUGCAGCGCCUGUUAUUCAAAUUAGACACGCGUUGUACUGCAGAGAAUGCUUCGUUUACGCCACUUCCGGCAAAUUCCUCAAAUGGUUCCUCUCAAACUUCAAACCCAACGACGUUCAUCCUGUCUUCUACGUAGCUGUCUCUGGUGGUCCCUCCUCUCGUUAUCUUCUCCAGCUUCUCCACACUCAAAUGUCUCCGAGGAAAGGCAAAGGUAGUUUCAUUAGGCCUGGCUCAGCUGAGAAGCUUGUCGUUAUCUACGUCGAUCAAUCGAAAGUCGUCCCUGGUGCUGAAAAUCUUCGCAAUCACAUAGAAGACAUGGUCAAAGAUUUUCCUUCAGUUGAGAUUAUUGAGGCUGAUGUCUCUGAAUCAUGGAAGGGCAGUCAAGCGUCGAUAUCUGCCUAUUUAUCCGGUCAGCCAGGCCAGCCACCCAGUGCAACAGCGUCUGAGCCCACUGCGGAUUUAUUCGACAGCACGCUAUCAACAUCAUCACAAGAAUCGCAUCUGGCUCUACUCACCCAUCACAUUAUCCUACGUGAAGCGCGAAAGCAUGCCGACAGCCUACUCGGUAAAGAUAGCACAGCGCCUCUCUUCUUGGGAACGAGCGCAACACGCGUAACGAUCAAGCUUCUCUCCUCCAUGUCCAGAGGCAGAGGCUGGUCUGUGGGAUCUGGCGAAGUGCAACCUGAAUCAACUCAGUAUGGUCUCAAUGUAUACCAGCCGCUUCUCAACACCUCCUCAAAGGAAAUAGCCUACUACAACCGGUUCGCUAUUCCAGCACACUCGCAAGCAGUGGUGAACAGAUCUUUUACCACUUUCUCUCCACCUAAAUCUUCCAUUGAUAGACUAACCGAGGAGCUCGUCGUGUCGCUCGAACGCGGUUUUCCUUCGACAGUGUCGACAGUGGCGCGCACAGGCAACAAGAUAUCUUUCGCCGGUGAAACUAAGGAGGGUGAGAGGCUGUGUACUCUGUGUGGUUGGCCGGCCAGAGCUAAAGCGAAUGAAUGGAAAAAUGGCAUUGCAAUAACUAAACUAGCGGGCGAAGAGGAUGAGAGUAAUCCCCUAGCUGAUAUGCUCUGCUAUGGCUGCUACACUAAUCUCACUGAUUCGCGCGCCCGUUCUCAUGUCAAUUACGCUCUGCCAGGAUGGACAGAUGAGUAUGCCGAGAAACAGAAAGUGACGGAAUCAGAGAUGCGCAAGGAGAUUGAGGAUUGUCUGAUAGACGACAAUGACAAUGACAAUGAGUAG